ACUCAGACAGAAGCAACAGAGGAGCUGAGGGAAGCCAGCCGGGGAGGGGCCCUUUGUCAGAAGGAAUAUUAGUAACUCUGGAUUAAAAGUCUUUCCGUGCAGCAGCCCACACAGCCCGGCUCGGCUCGGCUCGGCUCGGCUCGACCACUAUCGGGAAACGAAGGGGCUGGAUGUUUUUUUUGUCGCUGCUGCUUGCACUGUUUUUCUGUCCUCAGCCGCACUGAUUUAUUUGCACUGACCAGUUGUCUCUUAAGACCGGGUCCGGUGCCUCUCCCCUCCUCUUCUUCCGUUCUCCCCCUGUCACUCCUUCCUUUUGACUUUCAUCCGCGAAGAUGCCCAGCUCGCUCUUUGCGGACAGCAGCGUCCAGGGAGACGCGCGGGACGACCAGAGAGCCCUGCAGAUCGCUCUGGACCAGCUCUCCCUGCUCGGCUUGGACAACGACGAGAACCCCCUGUACGACAACCAGGAGCCCCGGAAAAAGAGCGUCAACAUGACGGAAUGCGUCCCGGUUCCCAGCUCCGAGCAUGUGGCUGAGAUUGUGGGCAGACAGGGUUGCAAGAUCAAAGCACUGCGAGCAAAGACCAACACCUACAUCAAGACCCCGGUUCGAGGCGAGGAGCCUGUGUUUGUGGUGACGGGCAGGAGAGAGGACGUGGCCAUGGCCAGGAGGGAGAUCAUCUCUGCUGCCGAGCACUUCUCCAUGAUCCGAGCCUCCAGGAACAAAAACACCAGCCUGAAUGGGAGCGGCACCCCUGCCCCCGGACCCCCUAACCUGCCUGGACAGACCACCAUCCAGGUGCGGGUGCCUUACCGUGUGGUGGGGCUGGUUGUAGGCCCCAAGGGUGCCACCAUUAAGCGCAUCCAGCAGCAGACCCACACCUACAUCGUGACACCCAGCAGAGACAAGGAGCCAGUGUUCGAGGUGACAGGGAUGCCGGAGAACGUGGACCGAGCACGGGAAGAGAUCGAAGCCCACAUCACCAUGAGGACAGGGGGUCUUAUUGAGCUUCAGGAUGAAAAUGACUUUCACGCCAACGGGACUGAUGUGGGUUUGGACCUACACGGACACGCCAUCCUGUGGUCCAAGCCCAGCGCCGGGAUAACCCCCACCUCAGUACGGAAACCCUUCUCCAGCUACCGCAACGACUCGUCUUCCUCCCUGGGCAGUGCCUCCACAGAUUCCUACUUUGGUAACAACAGCUCGCGUAUGGCCGACUACAGCCCCCCCAGCCCUGCACUCAGCUACACCACCACCAACGGCAACAAUAAUAACAACAUCAACGUCAACACCAACGGCAAUGGGUUCGUUUACGGAAGUGAGGGGAUCUCGCCUGACUGCACUGAUCUGACUUUUGACUCCUCGCCGGGAUUCGACGCGUCAACCCCGCCGAGCCUCCUGUGGUCCCAGUACGAUAGUGGCAUGACCCCCUCCUCCACCGGAUGCAGCUCCCCCACAUCCACCUCUGCUAUAUUCCCCACCAACACCUCCACCAAUGCCAAUGGAGUAGUGAUAAGUCAGAGAAGGGUUAAUGGUUGCACCGCGCAGCCCAGACUGUCGCCUCCCCUUCACAGCCUCACCGGAGGUCCCAGUGAGCACCCGUUAGCCCGGAGGGUGCGCAGUGACCCAGGCGGAGGCUCCCUCAGUUUCCCUACGUAUUCAAGCACUAUGGCCUCCCUGCCGGGCCCUCACCUCCCCGGGGUUCAGUGCGACUCCUCCACCUCGUCGUCAUCCUCUUCCUCCUCCUCCUCCUCCACCACCAGCCGAAAAGACAGCCGUGACUGUUCGGUGUGCUUCGAGAGUGAAGUCAUCGCGGCCCUGGUCCCCUGUGGGCACAACCUCUUCUGUAUGGAAUGUGCUAAUCGUAUCUGUGAGAGGAGCGAACCCCAAUGCCCUGUCUGCCAUACCAGCGUCACUCAGGCUAUACGUAUAUUUUCAUAAGAAACGUAACUCUUUGACGAUAGCAACACAUAGACUCCUCAAACUGCUUUAAUGGA